AGUAGUAGUCGUAGCUCUCGAAGAGGGGCACACGCGCAGCGUUCUGUUUUGUGUUCUGGGUGGGCUCGCGCAAACAGAUAGCAAUCUAACGCGCCAAACAAACAGUGUCCCUUCUUCCUCGUUUGAGACUCGCUCGCAAUGUUUAAGCUGGUGGUGGUCAUACUGUGCUUCGCCACACUGCUGGUUUCCACCGGGAGUGCACUGAAGAAAGACGAGUAUGAGAUCAAUAUCAAGCACGGCACGUUUGCCGUCCACCAGCUGCACGUGAACGCGGACCGAACGGGCACGUCGCGCUCGGUACCGCUAGCGCCCACGAUUGCCCCCGGUAGUGCGAGUCAAGAAAAUGUCCAACAGCGCAAUGAACAGUUCUUUGGUGCGGUGAACGCAGAACGGGGCAAUGUGGGGACGGACGGUGGUGCUAAUAGUGGUAGUGAUGGUGGUGCUGAUGGUGGCGAGCGAAUCUCCACCACGCUGGCCGCUGCAAAGCCGACGGUACAGAGUGAAGUGAAGUCCUCGAUCAAGAGCAUAGACUUUAAUGCCGUGUCCCCGGGGCUGGAGGAGGUGCCCCUGCAGGCGACCGUGUUCCAGAGCAGCAGCCAGGGACGCGGUCAGAACCGUGUCUUGUCGUACCAAUCGGUGGAGUACUAUCCGCCGGAGGAAUCAAUCCCGGAACAGGACGCGAUUGUGAAACCGAUCAGUGCGCAAGACUUUUACAACACUCCUCAGCUGCGAGAGCGAGGACCGGUGCUGUUUGCGACCGAAGCGACCACGACUACGACAACCGCGCCAACGACGGCGAAGCCUCCGGGCAAAGUGCUGAAAUCGAUUCCCAAGUCUGCUGUGGAGGAAAACGAAGAGAUCUAUCUGUUGCUGAAGUACGAGAAUCCUCGAAAGAAAUCGGAGAGUGUGGAACAAAUGAACUCUAAUAACGAAACAGGAGACAAGAAAACAGUGAGUGAAAAUCGUGAACGAAAGGGUGCGGUUGAAUCAUCGCGUGCAAGAACUGCCCCGCAGAACACGCGUGGAAGUGCAGGCUCGCGCAAAAGACCACAGGCUGAAGAAGGUCGUCAGCCCGAUGACUUCCUACCGGAAAGCAUCCGUGGUGGUGGAAGUUUCACGACUGUAGGUUACUUUGUAAGUGAUUCCCAAGUGACCACCUCGGCGACACCCGUGUCAACUUCAACCAAGAGCUCCGAAACGGGAAGCAGCUCUUCGAACCGUGUGUCUGCUCCAAGCAAACUGCGCAACAGUUACGGUGAUUACUUGAGUGCUGAUUUUAAGGACUUUGAAGAGUCCAUCCGUCCGAUUGUGGAAAAUGUUGAAGAAACGCCCGAAACUGAAACGGCGGAAGAGGCGGAGGAAGGCAAUGAGGAAAGUGGUGCCAGUGCUCCAGUGAAUAUCGAUGCCAACAUGGACAUUAGCGAGAUGGCGCGCAUUCUGGCCAACCGGCAAGGUGGCCUUACCAUAUCGGAGUUCAAUCUGCUGUUCAAGGACUAUCUGAAGAAGGAGUUCACGGAGCAGGAUCUGGAAGAUUUUACCAAGCUCGAGAAAGCUCAGCAAGAACAACCGAAGGAAGUGUCCCCGAGCCAAGAUCCAACGAAAUCGUUCGACAUACGGGCAGAAAAUGGGAAAAAGAGUGCCAAAAACAGUGCUGCUAGCUUGCCAGGACCCACGGCGGCACAGAAGAAACAGCUCGACCAGCUGAAGGUGCUCAUCAACAAGGGUUCACUGAAGCCUGGGCGCAAAGACGCUAAGGUGGUCAAGAUCGGGUACGGUGGAUCGAAAUCGUACCAGGGGGUGUACAAAUCGCAAAAGUUCCUGGAGAAAGUGAAAUCCGAGCGCAAUCCACUGCUGUCCGAUGGGUUGUGGGGAGGGCUGGAGUACAGACAGGCCCAACCGGUGCGGGAAAUAGGACCGAUGGCUUACGUGGAUAAUCCUGUGUUUGGUUUUGUUCCUGGCGGUAGGCCACGUGCCGUACUGAAGGAAGGACCUAACGGAGGCCAGAGCUACGUGAAGUUCCAAAAGAUCAGUUAAACUCUCAACAGUUUUUGCUCGUCAGUAAGGUUGAGCAAAUACAAAUGUCUGUAAGACUGUUACGUGUAAAAUGGAAUCCUAACCGCACCCCAUUUUGUUACCUCUGUUUAAGAAUAGCGAUUAAAGAGCUAAUAAAUAGUUAAA